AUGACAGGGGAUUCACGAGACUUCCUGAGAUUGUACGCUGAUACAGUAAAUAUGCAACUGUCUUUUGUAAUUUUGCCUCAGAUACAUAACGCGCAUGUUUUGGCUGGAGACUUGCACUUUCGUGACUUGCGGCGUGCAUUCGACAUGACAUGCGAUCUGCAACAACAUGUUGUUGGUUUAAUGUACGGACAUCUUAUAAAUUUGGAAGCCGAUAUAAAAAUGAAAAGUAAAGGCACAGUAAGUGUUAAGAAUAUGAACACAGAUAUGGAUGCACAACCAAAUCAUGACGAUCAAAAUCAAAACAGUGAAGUUAUAGGCAGUGAAAAUAUUGAAAAUGGAGAGGCAAUAAAUAACAACAAUCAUCAUUUGUGUGAACCAUCAAACCAGGUAGUCAAUAAUGCAGUACCUCCUAACAGUCAAAUGAGUAGUACAUGUGGUACUGUUACACCCAGUACUAGUACUUCUACACAAGAGGAAGCAUGGAAACGAAUAAGUAAUAAACACAAGUUAAUCUCUAUAGACUUCCUUUUUCAAUAUAUGCUUGAAACUGGUGUUACUACUACUACUACUGGUUUAGUCAGUGACACAACGGAGUGUAUUGCAUGUAAACUGAGAAAAUGCGUGAAUUAUGAAACGGGAGUCACCAUGGUUUGCGCAGCGUGCCCGCGAUUCCCUCGUCUUUGUUCAGCACAAUGUUUUCGAUGGUGGCACAAUGUUCAUUUACCGGCAUCCGGCAAUAAACCAGGAGCAACAAUCGAAUCCAAUCAAACCAAUACAACAAUAAGAAAAUCAAAUGACCAAGUUAUGGUUUCAGAAUCCCAGGUAUCAAGUGAAUUUAGAGCGCCUGAGGAAUCAGUCCUCCAAACUUGUACAACACCCGUAUGUCGGGUAGUCAGAAAGAGAAGACGACGAAAAGCAGCCCGAUAUGGUUAUGGGAGAAGAAAAGUUUGGUCUAGAAGAAGUUAACCCGGUUGUUCAUCGAAAACAUACUAAGAUAAUUCUGAUGGACGCUAUUUUUGAAUUUAUUGAAAAAAUGAAUGUACAUAUUAAUAAUAAUAAUAAUAAUGUUUUUUUAUAAAAUAUAUAAGUGUGAUUAAACCGAGCAUAUACACAAUAUUUUCGUAUUUCUUCCCAUUCAGAUCAAGAAUCCAUAUCGCAAUUUCACGGGCUGAUGGUUAUUCUUGGAAAAAAUUUUGGUUCACAAUAUACCGUAAGCACUACAUAAGUUGAUUACGUUCUUUGCGAAUAUCUUCAGCCAACAACUGAAAUAAUUUGCGACAGUAUAGAAAGAUAGACACAAUCGAAUCACACAUUG